AUGCUCUUGCAUUCCUUUUUCCAUCUCAGCCUUCUGCUGGGAACGGCGGGCUUUGGCCAUGCCGCCCUUGAUGGAGCCCGUUAUAUUUGGUUCGAUAAGCCAGGCUCCGACUGGGAAACCAGUGCGCAGCUGAUCGGAAACGGAAGAAUGGGGUCCGCAAUCUUUGGCGGCGGUGAUGAGAUCAUUACACUCAGCGAGCAGUCCAUCUGGGACGGUCCGAUUCAGCAUCGCAUCCCUCCAAAUGGCCGGCAGUAUGAGUCAAAGGUCCGCGAGGACCUUCUUGAGGGCAAUAUCACCGAGGGCGGUGAUCUCUGUCUUCAGGAAAUGACACCUGCCCAACCCUCGGAACGACAGUUCAGCUACUUCGGCAACCUACACCUCGAUUUUGACCAUCCCAAUGACCUGGCCAACUAUACCCGGUGGCUGGAUACCAAGCAUGGAAACGUUGGCGUCUCCUACACGUAUAACGGAGUCAGUUACACUCGCGAGUAUAUCGCCAACUUCCCUACAAAUGUUAUUGCGGCGCGUAUCACUGCUAGCAAGAAGGGUGCGUUGAACUUCAACGCCUACUUCACUCGCACGAGAUAUAUUCAGACCAACAACGCUUCGACCGCUAACGGGACGAAUACUAUCACGAUGAGGGCCUCCAGUGGACAACCAGCCGAGCAACAUCCAUUCGAGUUCACUGGUCAAGCGCGGUUUGUAGCAGAUGGAGCGAAGUUCACUUCUUCUGAUUCGAAUCUGACCAUUGCGGGAGCGACUACUGUGGAUAUUUUCUUUGACACUGAGACAAACUAUGAGUAUCACACCCGCGAAGAGUGGGAAGGGAUAAUGAACAAGCGUCUUGAUACAGCGAUGAAGAAGGGCUUCAUGAAUCUGAAGAAGGAGGCGAUCGACGACUUCAUGGCCCUGAGCAAUCGUGCCGAGCUGGAUCUGGGCAAAUCUCCCAAUGGCCUGGCUGAGCUCCCUCUUGACCAGCGCGUCAACAGGGCCCGCACUAGCCUUGAUGAUCUUGAGCUUGUUACUCUAACGUGGAACUACGGGCGGCAUCUGCUAAUUAGCUCCUCACGCAACACACCGGAUGUCGUUGACAUGCCCCCGAACCUGAUUGGAGUCUGGAACAACGACACUUUCGCAGCGUGGGGCGGAAAGUUCACCAUCGACAUCAACAUCGAAAUGAACAUGUGGCCAGUUGAUCCUACCAACCUUGGUGAGCUAGGAGAGCCAUUGUUUGAGCUCAUGAACGUGGCCAAACCCAGAGGUCAAAAGAUGGCUGAGGGCCUAUACGGCUGCCCGGGCACUGUCUUCCACCACAAUCUCGACAUUUGGGGCGACCCAGCUCCGACAGAUAACUAUACCGCGGCUACUAUGUGGCCGAUGGGAGCUGCUUGGCUCGUCCAGCACAUGAUUGACCAUUACCGCUUCAGUGGAGACAAGGAUUUUCUCCGAGAAAAAGCGUAUCCGUUCCUGGUUGACGUCGCCACAUUUUACCAGUGCUACGCAUUCCUCUGGGAAGGCAACCUGGUGACUGGCCCAUCACUCUCGCCCGAGAAUGGAUUCUAUUUGCUCAAUAACCAAAGCGAGGUGGGUCAAUGGGCUGCAAUGGACAUAGCCCCAGAGAUGGACAACCAGCUCAUGCGCGACGUGAUGAAGGGCGUUCUUGAGGGCGCCGAGGCGCUCGGGAUUCCGGGAGACGACAAGGCUGUCAAAGCAGCUAAAAAGUUCCUGCCGCUCAUCCGCGAACCUCGCAUUGGCUCCUACGGCCAGCUUCUCGAGUGGCGGUACGAGUACAACGAGACAACACCAGGCAUGAGGCACCUAUCCCCUCUGUACGGUCUGCAUCCUUCCAACCAAUUCGAGCCGCUGGAGAACAACACUAUCUUCAACGCAGCCAAGGUCCUUCUCGAUCGACGUGUCCAGUAUGGAUCUGGCAGCACGGGCUGGAGCCGCACCUGGCUGGCCUGUCAGUACGCCCGCGCUCUCUCGGGUAGCGACGUGUGGUUCCAUGUGAAGAAGUGGUACGAGACGUACCCGACCACCGCGCUAUGGAACACAGACCACGGAGCAGUGUUUCAGAUUGAUGGAAACUUCGGCAUCACAGCUGCCCUCACGGAGAUGCUGCUCCAAAGCCAGAGCCUGGACCAUACGAUCUACCUCCUUCCUGCCCUCCCGUCGGAGGUGCCCACUGGUAGCUUCAAGGGCCUCGUGGCGCGCCAUGGCUUUGAGGUCGAUGUGGAGUGGAAGGAUGGCAAUUUUACACGUGGCACUGUUAGGUCGAAGCUCGGCAAUGAGCUCAAACUCCGCGUGCAAGAUGGUGAGUUAUUCUCGGUCAACGGGAAGAUUUACACGGGUCCGAUCAAUACGGAGGUUGGUAAAGAGUAUAUUAUCACCCCAAAUAACGGCAACCGCAAACAGUUAUCCUGA